AUGUCUAGGGCCCCGGAGCACGCGGAGGGUGGCUGGGCCUGGGUCGUGCUGCUGGCAGCGACGGUGGCUCAGGCUCUGACCCUGGGGUUCCCCACCUGCAUCGGCAUCUUCUUCACCGACCUGCAGCAAGAGUUCCAGGCCACCAACAGCGAGACCUCAUGGUUCCCGUCCAUCCUGACAGCGAUGCUGCACGCGGGCGGUCCCCUCUGCAGCAUCCUAGUGGGACGCUUUGGCUGCCGAGUGACCAUGACCGUGGGCGGCGUGCUAGCCUGCCUGGGUAUGGUGGGCAGCUCCUUCUGCAGGAGCCUCUGGGGGCUCUACCUCACGGCUGGCUUCAUCACAGGCCUGGGCAUGUGUUUUAGCUUCCAGUCGGGCAUCACGGUGCUGGGCCUCUACUUCUCCCGCCGUCGGGCACUGGCCAACGCUCUGGCCUCCGUGGGCGUGUCACUGGGCAUCACGCUGUGGCCGCUGCUAUCUCGAAAACUCCUGGUAGACCUGGGCUGGCGGGGCACCUUCCUCAUCUUCGGCGGGGUCAUGCUCCACUGCUGUGUGUGUGGGGCCAUCCUGAGACCCGUGGCCCCAAUCCAGACCCCCCAGCCACAUGAAGGACCCCCACUUCCACCCAAGACCCCCAAAUCCGGCUGCCUGGCAGCAUGUAGCCAAGCCUUCCGGCGCCACCUGGCCUUCGACAUCUUACGGAACAACUCGGGCUACCGUGUCUACACCCUGGGGGUGGUGUGGAUGAUUCUGGGCUUCCCGCUGCCCCAGGUCUUCCUGGUACCUUAUGCCCUGCGGCACGGGGUGGACGAGCACAAGGCCGCCUUGCUCAUCUCCAUCGUGGGCUUCAGCAACAUCUUCCUGCGGCCCCUGGCUGGGAUCCUGGCCAGUCGGAGGGAGCUGGCCCAUCACCGCAAGUACCUGUUCACCCUGGCCGUGUUGUUCAAUGGUCUCACCAAUCUGGUGUGUGCCGUCUCGGCCGACUUCAGGGUGCUGGUGGUUUUCUGCCUGGUGUACAGCGUGUCCAUGAGCGGCAUCGGGGCCCUCCUGUUCCAGGUGCUCAUGGACCUGGUCCCCAUGGACCGCUUCUCCAGCGCCCUGGGUCUCUUCACCAUCCUCGAGAGUAUCUCCAUCCUCCUCGCCCCGCCGCUGGCUGGAUUCUUCCUCGACAUCACUGACAACAACUUCAGCUACGUUUUCUGCAUGUCCAGCUUCUUCCUCAUCUCAGGGGCGCUCUUCAUGGGGGGUGGCUUCUGUGCCCUGCAGAAAAAGGAGCGGCAGGGCCAACGGGCAGAGGCCGACGGGGCCCUGCCCGUGGCUCCCCCAGAGCAGAAACUCAUCCCAGAGGACAGCAACAGUGCCAAGAAACAGCCAAACCUAGAGGUCAUGUAUGUGACCAGCGUCUGAGCCAGGAGUUCUAGGUGGUC